AUUUUCUUCGCUGUUAAGAGUUUAAAAACUUUACAACUAUGUCACUAAAUACUUUGUAUGUCUUAAGGAGGCUUAGCUAGACAUCAGCUUGUGUUUUGCACACUAUACAUUUGGUUUAAACUCGAUUAAACGUAAGAGGUAACUAGCUAAAUGCCCCUCAAUGUGUCGUCGAGGCGGGUUGGACGUCAGCUAGCCAGCUAACAGACGGAGCUAACUAGCAUCUGCAUGGCUAGCCUGUUGAGGUGUUCUUAGCCACAAAGUUUGUAAAUGUUUAAUCAUACAAUAAAACAUAUAGAUAGCCAACAAAGCGCCACGAUUGUAGCUUUUUUGUAUGUUUUUAGUGCACUCCGGCAGAUGUUUUGAUUUCAUUUGGAGGAAAAGCAGUAGCUUGCAAGCUAAGUUAGUAAAAGCAGAGAAGGUAAUGGCAAGUUCAGGAAGCAUGCAAGAGGCUAACUGGCUAGCGACGUUAUUAGGCUAGCUGUUUGCAGACUAAAAUAAAGCUGGUAUGACCACGUUACUUUGACGAACUAAGUAGUAGACUGAUCAAGGAAGCAUUUAAACAUUUGGUCAAACAGAAGGGUUUGGUGGUUAUCUGGGAAUGGGGGACAUGAAGACCCCAGACUUUGACGAUUUGUUGGCAGCCUUUGACAUUCCUGACAUUGAUGCCAAAGAGGCCAUCCAAUCCAGUCCAGAGGAGUGCGGGGAGGACUCAGGGAAGGGCCACAGCAGCUCCCCCUUAAGACCCAACAGCCCUCCAAGCCCUCAGGGCGACACUCCGGUGGUCAGUGUGAUUGUGAAGAACAGCGUGCGGUCUGACGUAUUUGGAGAGGAGGAGGAGGGGUCGGAUGAGGAGGAGGAUGAUGAUGAUGAUGAUGAGGAGGAGGAGGAGGAGGAAGACAGCCCUGAGGGGAGUGGCACCACAGCCCCUCGGACGGAGGCCAGAGGGGGAGGGUCUCUGCUAGGAGCACGGCUGGCCAGCCGCAUGCCUGGUCUGGUCUGCUCAGAGCCACAGAUCCGCAAUGGCUUUGAGGGCCCCCCACCGACCCUGGAGGCUAACCCCAGGGUGCAGAGCCAGGCCAGUGGGGACUUGUGGUCCUCCAGUUCCCCCCUGGCCGGCAGAGAAGACAGUGGAGGAGAGGGGCAGUCUGUCAGCAACGCCAGACACACAGCCAGCUUCCUCGGCAGAGUCAAGCCUCUCCUCACCCCACACGCGUCUCUCCCCCCCCCCUUCACCUCCUCCCCCCCCCCCUCUGACACCCAACGCCUGCCCCCUCCCUCCAUCCUCCAUGCUCCUCGCCCCCCCAGCCCACCCCCAACCCCUCCCCCCUCCAACGGGAGCAUCAGAUCUGGGCUCCGGCGCCUCAUGGACUCUGAUUCUGACUCGGAGCCUGACCUGGGAAGCCCGCUGGUGAUCCAGGAGAGCCCAGAUUCUCCCAUGCGCUCGCCGCCCAAGUUCCCACGGCGACACAGAAGACCCUCCGAACUGUUUGGCUCGCCUACGCCAUCGUCCCCUCCCCCUCUCCCUGCCCCCCCUCUCCUCUCUUCUCCCCGGACGCUGUCAAACGACAAGCCCCCUCCCCCAGAGAAGGUGUCCUUCACUCCCAGGUGUCCCCCCCAGCCUGGGCGUCCUCCAGCCUGGCUAUCCUCCCCCCUCACCGCCCCAGACGAAAAGUAUCCAGAACACAUCAUCGACGAGAGGGACUCCCCAGAAAGCCCUCCGCCUGAUCAGACGGGCGCCGUCCCGCCCACGUCCAAGAAAAGCCCCAGCCCAGCUCCUACUCCUGCCCCCACGUUGCAGGGUCCCCAGGGUAGACAGGGGCCCCAGGGUAGAGAGGAGCCCCAGGAGAGCGAUCCCAGUCAGGGGAGUGGGACGGAGGAAGGGGAGAAGAUGGAGACAGAGGACGGACAGAGAGGUGCGGACGCUCCUGCUGCCGGCUCCUCUCACAUGGAUCCUAAGCUUGCAAACGCCACGGCAACCACAGCAGGCCCCUCCCGGCCCCUCAAAGUCCGAAUCAAAACAGUGAAGACCCCGACCGGCAGCAUCACUAGAACCGUGACCAGAGUAGCUCCCAAAGGAGCGGGCGGGACCUCCUCCAAAGGCGUGGACGGCUCCAGACCCCCCCCAGCGGGGCGUAAGGUCGCGACCAGGCCUAAGAGGGUGCCGUUUCAGCAGCAGAGGGCCAAGGACGGCAGCCCCCUGCCCGUGUCCACCCUGCAGGACGCCAGCUCCGCCAUGCUUGCCGCCGCAAGCAAGGCCCAGAACAGCAUGGCCGCGGAGAGCAAGCCCAAGGUGUCCGCCACAGCCGUCAGCAUCACCAGGUCUGCGGCGCUGCCACCCGUGUCGUCCUCCCCCAGGAUGGCGCCGGCAGGGGUGAACGUGCGUGGCCUGGGCCAGAAGACCCUGACCAGCAGCAUGUCACUGGCCUCCCCCCUCCUCCCCGCCCAGGGGGGCAGCCGGCCGGCCUCCAUCGUGAACAGCACGGGGGCCAUCAUCUCCCGCAGCCAGUCCAGCCUGGUGGAGGCCUUCAACAAGAUCCUCAACAGCAAGAAUCUGCUGCCCAGCUACAAGCCCGACCUGUCCUCCCCUCUCCCCCCGGAGUGGGGCCUGCCCCUGCCGGCUCAGGGCUUCCGCUGCCUGGAGUGUGGCGAUGCCUUUGCCCUGGAGCGUAGCCUGGCACGCCACUACGACCGGCGCUCCCUGCGCAUCGAGGUGACGUGUAACCACUGCGCCAAGAGGCUGGCCUUCUUCAACAAGUGCAGCCUGCUGCUGCACGCCCGCGAGCACAAGGAGAGAGGCCUGGUGAUGCAGUGUUCUCACCUGGUGAUGAGGCCUGUCAGCCUGGAGCAGAUGAUUGGUCAGCAGGACACCACUCCUAUUGGCAUGCUCUCUCUUUCCCCCUCCAUGUCGUCUGUGCUGUCGCCCUCGGUGACCGCCCUGACAACGGCCCCGGCGACCGGCCCCGCCCCCCAGCUGCAGAAGCAGCCAAUCGUCAGUAAGAAGGCAGAGCCAGUGCAGUAUGGCAGUAACAAGUGUCCUGAGUGUCACGUGCAGUUCAACAGCAGGACAGAGAUGGUGGCUCACUUCCAGGAGAUCAAACCAGCCCUCAACACAUCGUGUAUGGAGUGCUCCCCCCCCAUGCUCUUGCCUAACGGCUGCAGUGCUGCUGCUCACCAGCGCAUCCACAAGUCCCGCCCCCCCCACGUCUGCCCCGAGUGUGGGGGCGUGGCCAAGCAGGCGGCCUUCCAGGCCCACCUGGAGCACGCCUGCCUGCACUUCGCACGCCGCAUCGGAUACAGGUGUUCCAGUUGUCUGGUGGUGUUUGGAGGUCUGAACUCUGUCAAGUCCCAUAUCCAGACGGCUCAUUGUGAGGUGUUCCACAAGUGUCCUAGCUGCCCCAUGGCUUUCAAAUCUGCCCCCAGCGCACAGGGCCACAUCAGCACCCAGCACCCCACACUCACCGCUGGACAGGCCAAGAUGAUCUACAAGUGUGUGAUGUGUGACACAGUGUUUACCCAGAAGCCCCUGCUGUACGUUCACUUUGACACCCAUCUGACCAAGCAGAAGGUGCACGUGUUCAAGUGCCCUGAGUGUACCAAGCUGUAUGCCCAGAGGAGCUCCAUGCUGGAGCACAUCAAGUCUACACACAAGGGCCCUGUGGUGAAACAGGAAGUGCCUGUUGCCGUGACGCCGGUUCCGGCCCCCGCGCCCCGCGCGCGUGGGUGUGUGAAGGCAGAGAGCUCGGAUGGGGAGGAGUGGAGAGACCAGGACGAGGAGGAGGAGGAGGAGGAGGAGGACAAAGAAGCAGACAGGACCAAGACCACCUCAGGCUGGAGUUGUGCCCCCUGCCACGCCCGUUACAACGACAAAGAGGACUACAUUACCCACAUGGCCGAGCAGCAUGGCAAGGUUUUAAAGAAGUUCCCGUGUAGUCUCUGUGAGAGCUCCUUCUCUUCCACCUCCAGCCUCAGACGCCACAUCCGCGUCAAACACAAGGGCAUCAAGAGAGUCUUCCACUGCCAGUGAGCACCCUACACACUGCACACUGCACCCUAC